AGACAGCAGCAACAGCAGCAGACGGCCAGUUAACAAUACCUCUUGACGGCUCUCCGAGGGCGAAGCAAAGCCAAGUGUUCCGGUUUUUUGUGUUUUGUUUUCUUUUCUUGUUUUUUUUGUUUUGUUUUUGCAUUUAAUUUGUCCAGAUGUCCGGUGAAGUGGAGGCGAGCACAGAGGAGCAGCAGGAGAUGCAGGACACUGUUGUAAGUCCAGAAAAAGCUGAGGAGGUCAAACUGAAGGCCCGAUACCCUCAUCUCGGGACUAGGCCUGGCGGGUCGGAUAUGUUGCGAAAAAGACUACAAAAGGGGCAAAAAUACUUUGACUCGGGUGACUAUAACAUGGCCAAAGCCAAGAUGAAGAACAAACAGCUCCCGAAUGCAGCGGCGGAGAAGACCGAGGUCACCGGAGACCACAUUCUCACUCCUCAGGACCUUCCCCAGCGGAAACAGUCUCUGGUGGCCAGCAAGCUCGCCGUCUGAUGCCUGCUCUUUCCAUCUCUGUUAUGUUCCCUCAGCCGCCAUUGUUUUGUCUUUCUUUUGCUCUUUUCGUCUUUGGCUGUAGAAAUGCUCUCAAUAUAAUAUUUUGACAAGGAAAUCUGUAGAUUGCUGCUGCCAAUGUGCUUGGAUUUAACCGUGCAGUUAAAUGUAUCGCUUCAAUGCCAAGGUUUAAACAUGGUAAUCUGACCGAUUGAGUCGGAUCGGCAUUAUUUUAGGGUUUUACACUUUUUCCAUCUUUUCAACCACUAUUUUUGU